ACUUGUCAAGAUAAUAAAAAAAAUGGUUUAAUUUGGGUUGUUUCAUAAAUAAAGAAAAUCGAUUCCAACAACCAAAAUUAGAAUUUUUUUGUUUUUUUUUUUUUUGAGGAAGGAUGGGUUUAGGAACAUGGUUCAGACACAAAUUCACAGAUCCUGUUCUCUUGGUUCUUCGAGGGGGUGCUGAACCGAAGCAGGUAUCUUUCUCUGCUGCUCUUGGGAUUACUCUUGGAGUGUUUCCUAUUUGUGGUGUCACUGUGUUACUCUGCGGUAUUGCUAUAUCGUUACUUGGAUCGUUUGUUAACGCUCCCAUUCUGUUGCUUGCAAACUUCUUUGCUACUCCUAUUGAGUUGAGUUUGAUUAUACCGUUUCUGCGCCUCGGUGAAUUUAUCACUGGCACACCUCAUUUCACUUUAUCAUCUGAUGUUUUAAAGAAAGUUCUUACGGGUCAAGCUUCAAAGCAAGUCCUACUAAGCAUUGCCAAUGCGUUAUUAGGAUGGCUAGCGGGAUCGCCUUUAAUUUUGGCAAGUCUUUACAUAUUACUGUUACCGUGCUUCAAGUUUCUAAUUCGGAAACUCAGCAGUCCUCCUUCGAGUCCAAGGAUGCCGCUCCAACCACUGAUAGAUAUUGGGUCUAAGACAAGGGAUGUUUGACAGAUAAUCACUUCAUCUGCAUUCAUAGGGAGUGAUCAGUCAUUCACAUGUUGUCUUGUUGAAUUGUUUCAUAGCGAAACAGGAUAUAUAUGUUUGCAAAAAGACUAGUCACUCAUUCACAUGUUGUCUUGUUGGAUUGUUUCGAAGCGAAACAAUAUAUAUACAUAUGCAAAAAUACUAGUCGCUGACAGUGUAAAAUAGUUGUGAACGAAUACUUGAUAUGAAUUAGUCACUUCUCUUAAGUGGUUGAUUUGUUUGUAAAUGUACAUAACUGUCUCAUGACCAAGAAUACAUCGUUCUGUUAUGUUUAUGA